ACAAAUUUUGACAAAUUACAAUACAAAAAAAAACAGAUGUGAUGUAAAGUUUAUUAUUAAAAUAAUAUUGUGUUUUGCGAGAUUAACUUGUUGUUAUUUUACGUGUUUUGUUUAUACCUGUAAUAAAUGUUACGGAAUGAAUAAUUGCUUUGUAUGUAAAGAAUGAAAUCACUUGGGGAUAUUAAAGGAUUUGUUUGCAAUCUUAUGCGAAUAUCAGAUGAUACAGAACCACUAAGAAAACGUUUCAAAUGCAACAGGGUAUAUGAUGAUUUCUCAUCUGAUGAUGAAAUGCCGACUCUUAGAUCCAAGUGGACCCUGAGAUCUAGAACAAUUAAACAUCAUUUAUUAAACAAGGAAAAGAGGAAACCAAUAAAAAGUUCCAACAUGAAAGCAUCAAAUGUUCUUCAGAUGUUGUCAGAAAACAAAGAAUUGUCAGUUACGAGAACCCCUAUAGCAGUGCAACCUGUGCUUGAUGAGGAGAUGGCAGGCUGUAGCCAAAGUUAUAACUUAAAUAUAAGUAUUAAACCAGCAGAAACAGUUUCAAAGAAAUCAAUCGAAACAUAUGAAAUUAAUUCAGAUGAUGAAAUUGAUUCAAAAGUAAAUAAGACAGAAAAUAUAAGUGAUACAAAGAUGGUAUACGAGUCAUCAAUAAAUCUAGAAGAAAGAGAAGAAAAUGAUAAUCACUGUGUAGAAACUGAGAGUUUUGAAGAGUGGCUGAAGAAGUUGAAAGCCAAACACGAAGCCUUCAUGGAAAGCUCACGAAAAUCUAUCAAUGAUAUAAUUCGGAAGUACUCUGUACCAAACAUGUGUGCAGAUGACAAAACUCCUGGCCAUAGAUCCAGUAUCUAUGAAAACUUGCGUUCAAAAUCUGAUCCCAAAUAUGAUAGAACCGACUCAACCUCUAGUAAUAUGUCAAUUGAACCAAAUCCAACAAUUGAAGAUAAUUCAAAUCCUCUAAGUGAAUCACCUGAAGAGUUAAAUUCAGAUAACACUGAACAAAAUCAGGCUGGAUCUUUCAAGACUGAAACUUUUGAUGAAUGGAAAUCGAGAUUAAACACCAAAUUGAAAUUAAUAUAUAAUAUUAAUUCGAAAAUAUCAGAAAGCACAGUGAGCGACACAAUGAAUAAGAAUAAUGAAGAAAAUGUACUACAAUCUCAAACACAAUCCCAAACAAAACAUAAACCAAUGUCUGAAAAGUCUGAAAUAAAUGAGUCUAAUGAAAAUAUUGUAUUGCAAGAAAAUAAUGAACAUAAUCAAAAUAGCUUAAACCAACCAAGCUGUUCAACAAACCAGUUGAAAUUAGACUCUCAGUGCAAAAAAACUGUGCAAAUGUCUACCAUUGCAUCCAAAGAGAAAGAGAAUGAUGAAGGAAAUGAGGUGUGUUCAUCUGCACCUGGCCUUAUCUUACGGUCAAGCAAAAGAUUAGAGACAGACCUAAGAAUAUUACAAAAUUCUAAAGAUACAUUAAUUGGUUCCAAAUCGAAGAAUGACCUGACUAAAACAAUUCUUUCCUUGAAUGCUGAAGAAAAUCAGAAAUCUUUGAACCUCCCAGAUUUAACUUUAGAACAAAAGGAAUUAAUAAACACAGCUCUUAAUUCACCACCAGACAAAGUACUUAUAGAGAAAUUCAAAUUGAAGAUUUACAAGGAAGAUUUGGAAACUCUUUCAGAACGGAACUGGUUGAAUGACAAAGUAAUUGAUUUCUACAUGAACCUGAUAAUGGAGAGGAGUGAGGAACGGAACAACUUGCCGAAGGUGUACGCUAUGAACACAUCAUUCUAUCCUAAACUCAUGAUGAGUGGGCAUGAUGGACUUAAAAGGUGGACAAGAAAGGUGGAUAUAUUUGCGUACGACCUCCUCGUGAUUCCAGUACAUUUGACGAACCACUGGUGCGUCAGCUUCAUAAACUUCCGAACGCGGAAAAUUGAGUACCUGGACAGUCGCGGGAGAAACAAAGAGAACUGUUUGAUUGCGCUGUUGCAGUAUCUGAAGGAUGAACAUCAAGAUAAAAAGGGGGAGCCUUUUAAUGAUAGUGGCUGGGAGAGAGAGUGCCUCAAAGUAAGUUUACAGUUGGGAUUACAAACAUCAGCGGUCAAUACUAAUGCAUAUCCAAUGCCGCCGCAACGGUCGUCGCUUCUCAGUCCAUUUUCCGUCAUUAUUUUUCGUUGUCUUAUUUACAAGCAAAUAAGGUUGAAUUUAAAUUGUCCCUGAUUUUAUCUCUUGGCUCUAAAGCCAUUUAUUCACAUAGGAUAGUAGGCAGAAAUGCACAUAAUUAUUAAAAAUCUAACACCAACUGUUGGGGUGUGCCGUGGCUGGUUCAACGAAGAAGGCAGUAAAACUCGAGUGGACUGUAUUUAUAACUGUAUUACGAAUAAAAAGGGCUGUAGCAAAGGUAUUACUGGUACAAAGGUGUCGCGUCUACGGAACGAAAUAAUAAGAAAAAGGGUUUAGGAUGCGCGAGCGCGGAUGAUCGUCUGGGCAGUUAACAGCUGACUGGCGGGUGGCGGGCGCGCGGUGAGCCGGGCGGGCGGCCGUCGCCCCUUUCCCCGCUCCUCUCGUUCACUCCCGCCAGCGCGCGGCGAUGUUGAAGACGGUGGUCUCAACAUA